AUGAAUAUUCAUUUACGUGAUGUUAUUUGUACUUCUCGAGAUGGUGAUCGAUUUUGGAAAAUUCCUGAAUGUUAUAUACGUGGUAAUACUAUCAAAUAUCUUCGAUUACCCGAAGAUAUACUUGGACUUGUCAAAGAAGAUACUAAUGAAAAAUCAACACGUUCUGGACCGCCAACACGUCGUCCAUUUCGUGGUCGUGGCGAUGGUGGACGUGGAGGACACGGUGGUCGAUCUGGAGGCUCUGGUGAUCAUCGUAAAAGUGGUGGCAGUGGUGGUCGUGGUGGACAUCAGGGAUCGCGUGGUGGUGGCCGUGGUGGUCAACAAGGUGGACAACUUCGUCAAGGACGAUAG